CGGAAACACAAUUGUCCAUCCAGCAAAAGUUUCAGCUUGAAUCAAGGUCAUUUGCCGCAUGCUUGUAGUGUAAGCAACCAUCUAUCUUCGGCAUCGAGUCGCAUCAGCAGUGCUGUCGCCAGAAAAGCGCCGUAUCAACGCAUUGGCAGACCAAAUCCAGACGGGGCGAUCCGCGUGCAGCAACUGAACACAACAAGACAAACUAAAACAGCAACAGCAACAUAAUCUAGAACAACAACAAAACAACACAAUGGUCAUCGCCGAGGUACCGCUGUGGGUGGUCCACUCCAACUCGAACGCUCCCAAGGGAGACGGGAAGGCCCCGGCGUCUUCCGCGGGUGCCUCGUCGCCUUCUGCUUCCGCGAAGGACAGGGCAACCGAGGCGAGGGCCUCGGAGUCCCUCCGCCUCUUGUCGUCUCUGGGGGGGUCGUCCUCGUCGCUGUCCCCCGCCGGGCUCCAGCGCGCCGGGAUCUACGGGAUCGACGUCCACGGGAGCAAGUUUGCCACGGGCGGGGGAGACGGAACGGUCCGCAUCUGGAGCGUCGGGGCCCUCUUUCCCACCGUUUCGGGCGAGGGCUCGUCGUCGACGUCCUCGUCGAUCAAGGGGAGCCGGUACCGAAAGGGCACCGGCGGUGGCCUUGCCCAAACCCCGGGUGCGGCAAACGGAGGCGACGACGCCGGAUCCUCCUCGGACGACCCCGCCGCCAUGGACGGAACGCUGCAAACCAUUGCAACGGCGUCCGGCAACCAUUGCUACGAGAGCAGCGGGGAAUCCUCACAGGACGACAGCCUGGUGGGGGAUCCGGAAUCCACAGCGACCGGCGCAAGCAACGGGAACCGCAUCGGCAACCACCACCAGCACCCGGUGAGGGACCUGUCGAGCGUGGUGCGGAAAAAGGGCGAGGCGGCGGCCCCCGUGUCUCCCUCGGCCUCGGGCGAUCUCCCCGAUCCGUCGACACCGCCGUCUGCCGGUCCGAACGCGGGCGAAACCCCGGCCCCCGAGGGUCCGGGUGGCCGGCAAAAGCACCACCGGCUCCUCUGCACGCUGUCGGCCCACACGGGCUCGUCCGUUCUGGCGGUCCGGUUUUCCAACAACGGCAGGUACCUGGCCAGCGCGGGGGACGACGCGGUGGUCUGCAUCUACGCCAGGCAGGCUCGGAACAGCAUCGGCGCCAUGGUGGCCUCGGGGAACCUGGUGGAACGGAGCGAGGACGGCCCGGUCCUCGAGCACUGGACCCGGAUCAAGCUCUGCCGGGGGCACGGGCUGGACGUCGUCGGCCUGGCCUGGGCCCCGGACGAUUCCCACCUGGUGAGCUGCUCGCUGGAUUCCAACACGCCGAUCGUGGUCUGGAAGCUCACGGACCUGGCCGAGCAGGGGGGCGAGGCCCAGCACAACGGAAGCAGCAACGGCGGCGGCGGCGGCUACUACCAGCACAACUACAACAACGUUCUGUGCAACCCCUACAAGGUUCUGGGGAGGGGCAUCCACACCUCCACCGUCAAGGGGGUUACCUUUGAUCCGGCCGGGACCUAUCUGGCCAGCAGCGGAGACGAUCCGAGCGUCUGCAUCUGGAGGGCCCACGACGACUGGGGCCUGGAGCGGCGGAUCGACGCGGCGUCGGGGAUCUUUCGCAAGUGGAGCACCGCCGGCGGAAGCGGCCACGCCGGAGCAACGGCGGGCCUUGCCACGACGUCCUCGCUCUCGGCGCAGUCCCUCUUUCGGCGCCUCUCGUGGUCCACCGACGGGGCCUACAUCUGCGCCACCAACGCGGUGGUCCGCAACAAAAACGUGGCGUCGACGAUAUCCCGGGAGGGCUGGGCCGUCAGCGGUUCCAAAACGGCGGCCUCCGGGGCCGUCAACCUGGUGGGCCACAAGCAGCCGGUGGUGGCCUCUAGGCACUGCCCGUACCUGCUCAAGAACGCGAGCCAAGGGGGGAACGGCAGCGACGACGACGACGACGAUCCCGAGCCGGACUACUCGACCCUGCUGGCCCUCGGCGACAAGCGGGGAUUCGUGACGGUCUGGAGCACGCGGAAAUCCCGUCCCGUCUUCAAGAUCCAGUGCUCGGAAUCGCGCUGCACGGUGACGGACCUCGCCUGGGGGAGGUGUGGGAACGCGGGCGACCGGGCCGUCGAUGCAAACAAAACCAGUAACAACAACAGCAACACCAAAAACAACGAUCUGAUGCUGCUGGUUUCCCUCCUGGACGGGCAGGUGGUGGCCCUGAGAUUCGGCAUUCCCGACGAGCUCGGCAGCUUGCUCUCCCCAAGGGAACAGGGCAGGGUCUUCCAGCUGCGUUACGGAAUAGAUCCCAGCGAUCUGACCAGCUCGAGGCGGCUCUUUGUCGGGGACAACUCGGGGGGCCCAAAACUCAUCGAAAACGCGCUCCAGUUUGCCCUCGAGAACCACCAGCAGCACCAACAACAAAUCCGUGUGUCGACCGAAGAGGAGGGCGGGGAAGCCAACUCCGCCGCGGCUGCCGCAGCAGCCGCUGCCGCUGCCAAGGAAAGGAGUCUGACCUCGGAAGAAAUCCAAAAGCGCCAGCUGGAGAGCCGAUCCAGGGGUGGGAAAAAGCGGAUCCAACCCCUGCUCAUGAUGCAGACCAGCCCGCUCCAGCCACCUACCAAGAAACAAAAAACCACAAACGGGGAACAAGACAAAGAGAAGGCCGGGGCCGCCGAUACGCUCGAGUCGGCGCUGGAACUGGCGGAAAAGGCUGCAUCGGGGGCGGAGGCGGUAACAGCGGCCCAAAAAACCGCGAGCAAGACCACCGCAAUCACCGGGAACGACCACCACCAUCAGCAGCAGCAACAACAGCAACAACAACAACUCCAGCACCACCAUCGCGAUCCUUCUGCAGCUCAUCACCACUCACAAAACAUCCAGCUUCUCGCGGGCGCUUCCCAGUCGACUCCGCAGAUCCCCCACAACACCGAUCGAAUCCACUCGGUAGAUCUACCCCUCCUGAAACCCAAUCCUCUGCGAGUCGGCGGGGAAACCGCAGGCAACGUACGCUACGUCGCGGAUUGCACAAAUUCCAUACGGGUUCCAGCGGGGUCGUCGGGGGGUGCCCUGCCUUGUUCAGUCCUGUCCAUCAGCAAGGGUGGACAGAGCCUGUGGAAGGACCAGCUCCCCGGAAGCACCUGCUGCGCCAUUGCGGCUUCCAAGUCGUGGCUGGUGGUGGGCACGUCGGACGGAUGCCUACAAAUCUACGGGACGUCCCCUACCCUCGGAUGGCAAAGCGCCAGUGCCUUUCGCUCUCAUCCCCCCUUUGUUCUGGGCCGGCCGAUCGUAGCACUUCACCUGCGAGAGGGUGGGGCACAAACGGAGCUGCUGGUGGUUUCCUCGGACGGCCGAUUCGGUGUCUACGUGCUGGAGCCCCGAUUGAAAUUGUUGUACAAGGGGAGCCUCUUGCCGGCCAUGACGCACGUGCUGCUUUCUGCCGACCUCCAAACCGAUCUGUACCUGCCGAAACUAGCCCGGAUUCAACUGACGGAGACCAAUCGGUUGCUUUUGUUGCUUUCCCUUCGUUCCGCGAGCACACCGGGAAGGAAUUCUGGCCCUGAUGAGGGGCGGGCGGGGAGAGGAACGAACCAGGCGCCUUCCGUUGGUGCCGGUGGAUCCCUACAGGGGUUUGUGUACGAUUUGGAGUCGGAACUGUGGAUGCGGGUGGCCGAUAGCCGGUUCGUGCUGUCGGACUUUUACAACUCCCUUCCGUCGUUUUCCUCCUUGAAAAAACAAUCGACCACGGACGGACCCCUCUCAAAGCUCGACGACUAUGUCCGCAUGGGUGCGGGCUCUUCGUCCCUCCAGCGUUCCCGGAGAGCCCGAUCCAUACUGGGAAAUUCGGUUUCCUUCCAAACUAGCACCGUCACCACAACCUCACGACAGAACGACGACGAAGCCAACAACGAUGUUGACAGCCGUUCCCACUGUGAAGAUCGCAUGGCUUGUGCUCUCGCGCUGGGGUCGGUGUCCGAAUUCGAGUUCUGGUUUUCCAUGUACGUCAAGAUACUGGCCCUGACGGGAAACGAAGUUUUGCUGCGACUUGUAAUAGACAUGCUCAUGGGAAAAUACCCAUCGGGCGCUUCGAACGGGGAAGCUGCUUGCAACUCUACCUGCUGGUGGCUAUCAGAAUCCCCUAUGGUGCUGACGUUUGACCGCGUCAAGUUGGUCUCCACCGUCGUCAUUCCAGAGAUGAGCAAAAACCGGGCUUUGCAGCGACUCACCAACGAGAUCGCCGUGGAGGUUGAACUUCUGCACAAAAAGUAAUCAAUACCGAGAACGGCAAGCGUUGAGUAUUGCCAAUAGAGAUUCUGUACAAUACCAGAAAAAUAAUAGAGCUAGCUCCAAUCGUAAUAGGGGAUGCGUAUGAAAUACAGUAAUAUUUUAACA